AUGUCGGAACCUAGUGAAAAGCUGGUACAGGGUGCCCAGAUGGCUCAAGCCUUCUUGGGGGCCAAACUUCUCAGCGUUAUUCAAGAGCAAGCACGCGACGAUCUGCCAAGCAAAGUUAGUGCCGAAUACAUUGCCGAAGUGUGUUUCUCCAGUUAUGCUCGCCCCGGACUCGAGUUCAAGGAGAGGUCUUUGGUCAACAUUGGCAUGAUGAUAGCGCUCAACAGAACCCCAGAAUUACGCAUACAUAUCGCGGCAGCACUCAACCUUGGUAUUUCAGAGGAGAAAAUUGUGGAGACUUGUCGACAUGCGAUGAUAUACUGCGGUGUUCCGGCCGGCAGAGAAGCUUUGGCUGUUGCGAGUGACAUCUUUGCUAAAGUAAAUGGCACUAUAAAGGAGGAAAGAGCAAAGAUGUCCUGA